AUGUCUCGAUCCCGCCAUGCAAGGCCUUCCAGAUUAGUCAGGAGGGAAGAUCUGAACAGAAAGAAAAGCACCCAACUGAAGAAGACAUCUAAGGCAGCCAACAAAAAUGUGGCAUCAGUCAAGACUGUUAGCCCUGGAAAAUUAAAACAAUUAAUUCAAGAAAGAGAUGUUAAGAAAAAAAUAGAACCCAAACCACCUAUGCCAGUCAGAAGCCUUCUGACAAGAGCUGGAGCAGCACGAAUGAAUUUGGAUAGGACUGAGGUUCUUUUUCAGAACCCAGAAUCCUUAACUUGCAAUGGGUUUACAAUGGCUCUCCGAAGUACCUCUCUUAGCAGGCGACUCUCCCAACCUCCAGUGAUCAUAGCCAAACCCAAGAAAGUUCCACCUCCUAAAAAUUUAGAAAAGCAACAUGGAUGUGAUUAUAAUGUAGUUGCUGACAUGGGAGUAAAACAGUCAGAAAAUGAUUCAGUUCCAACACAAGUCCCCCUAAUUGCUCCUGAUGUAGAGAAUCUAACUGGUGUUCAAAAGGCAUCUUUAAUUAAAGGUGAGAGCCAAGAGACAACCCAGUCUUGGUCCCAAAGGGUGGAGGAUUCCAAAAUAAAUAUUUCCACUCAGAGUGACCCUGCAGCAGAGAUCCUUCCUGGGUCAUCGGAAGAGACAUGUGGUGGUGAAGGACUAUUCUCUAAAGAGACAUUGAAUGAUAUCAGCGACUCCCCUAGAAUGUUUGCUCAGGACACUCUGUGUGCUCCUUUGCUCCAAAGAGCAGCCCUCAAGGUUACUUACGAAGGAAACUCCAGCAUUCAGUUAGAAGAUUUGGGUUCACGAGUAGAAUCUCUUAAGCUAUCUGAUUCUUACCUGGAUCCCAUCAAAAGUGAACGUAAUUGCUACCCCACCUCAAACUUUAAUAAGGUUAUACCGGAAUUGGACCUUAGAAACUGUUUGUCCAUUGGUGGGUCAAUAUAUCCUACCUCAUUAAUAAAACUCCUCUUGGCAAGCUCAGAACAAGAAACCCUUGGUGCUAAACCAGAUCAUCAAGAGGUACUCAAAGCUAUCCCAGAACAACAGGAAAUUCCUGAUACCACACCUAUCGUAGGACAGGCUUUUAGUGCUGUCCCACAUCGAUGGGAAGUUCCUGGUGCUAACAUAAUUCAUGGAGAGGCUCUGGAUGAGACCCCAGACCCACCAGCGAUGCCUGGUGCUAUUCCAGUCCAAGGAGAGGUCUUCGGUGCUAUCCUAGACCAACAAAUCCUCGGAAUGGGUGGUGGUACUGCCUCAGACCCACCUAUCUUUCUUCCUGCUCCUCUAAACCCAAUUGCUACCUAUAAUGCUCUCCCAGAAUGGCUUGAGCCCCAGAGCACUGUUUCAUAUGGGCUUGAGGUCCAGGGCGCUGUGCAGAUUUUGCCUUUGGGCUCAGGUCACACUCCUCAGCCAUCAUCAAACUCAGAGAUAAGUUCGGUACCUCCAAUAGUGACUAUUAGCAAUAUAGAAAAUGAGAAGCAGGUUCAUAUAAGCUUUCUGCCAGCUAACACUCAGGGGGUCCCCAUAGCCCCUGAGCGAGGACUCAUCCAUGCUUCCCAGGGCAUUAUCCAACUUUCCCAGGCUGGUACCAGCACAUUGGAAGGAGGGAGCUCCCAGAUCAGCAUGACCAGUGUGGCUAACACAGUGGUGUCUAGGCCAGUGUCACUCGCCAGUACCUCCUCUUCUCCUUCCUAUACAACUUUGCUACCUACUUUGGAAAAGAAGAAACGAAAGCGCUGUGGGGUCUGUGAGCCCUGCCAGCAGAAGACCAAUUGUGGUGAAUGUACUUACUGCAAGAACAGAAAGAACAGCCAUCAAAUCUGUAAGAAAAGGAAAUGUGAAGAGCUGAAAAAGAAACCAUCCGUCCUCGUGCCUUUGGAGGUUAUAAAAGAAAACAAGAGGCCCCAGAGGGAAAAGAAGCCCAAAGUUUUAAAGGCAUAUUUUGUCAACAAACCAGUAAAUGGCCCCAAGUCAGAAUCCAUGGAAUACAGGAGAGCUAUGGGGGGGGAACAGAGAUUGGAAUUAAACCCACCUCCCCUCGAAAAUGUAGCUAAAAAUGAAGAAAGUAUGACAGGUAUUGAAGUGGAGAAGUGGACGCAGCACAAGAAAUCACAUUUAACCGAUCAUGUCAAAGGCGAAUUUAAGGCAAUUGUGACAGAAGCUGAAAAAUUAAAAAAUUCUGAAGAUGACAGGAAAAAAGUCCUACUUACUGACUUAAUUGAGCCUCAGAAAUUGUUUGCACAAACCGUAAGAAACGGCAUUAAAAAUGUACACUAUUUACCAACCGAAACAAAUGUGUCUUUUAAAAAAUUCAAUAUUGAAGAAUUUGGCAAGGCAUUUGAAAACAAGUCCUAUAAAUUCCUGAAAGACACUGCCAACCAUAAUGCCAUGAGUUCCAUUGCCACUAGUACGAGCUGUGAUCAUCUCAAAGGGAGAAAUAAUGUUUCAGUCUUCCAGAAAUCUGGCUUUAACUGCAAGUCUUUUCCAGAUCCUGCAACGUUCCACUUAAAUAGUCAUACUAGUACACACAAUGAAAGUGAUGAACCAAAAUCUCUAGAAAAUAUACCAAGUAAAGAACUGAAAGGUGGAUCUCCAGUUCAACCAAGUCUUCUAUCCCUAAUGAAAGAUAGGAGAUUAACACUGGAACAAGUGGUGGCCAUAGAAGCUCUGACCCAACUGUCAGAAGCCCCAUCAGAAAAUUCCUCACCAUCAAAGUCAGAGAAGGAUGAAGAAACAGAACACAGAACAGCGAGUUUGCUUAAUAGCUGUAAAGCUAUCCUCUAUUCUGUAAGAAAAGACCUCCAAGACCAAAACUUACAAGGGGAGCCAGAAAGCCUUCAUCACCAUCCAUCUUUGGAAAAGCAGAGUUCAUGUGACACGGUGGUAUUCAAUGGCCAAAACAUUUCCAAGUCACACAACAGCUCAGCUGCUAACCAGUCACCUACAAAGUCACAGGAAUAUUCAAAAGUCACAAAUUCGGUAUCUCUUUUCAUACCAAAUUCAAAUUCACCUAAAAUUGACACCAAUAAAAAUGUUGCUCAAGGUAGAAUCACUCUUGAUAAUGCUAAGAAUUUGCACCAUUUGCCACCAUCUAGUGAUAAAUUGGGAUACUGUAACCAGUCCCUGGCCAACAGUAAAAAGAUAGACUUAAAAGACGAUCCGUCGUGUCUAAAUACAAUACACAGCAAAAUAGAGGAAGACGUUGCAACCCAGUUAACACAACUUGCAUCAAUAAUUAAAUUCAAUUACAUAAAACAAGAGGACAAAAAGGUUGAAAGUACACCAACAAGCCUUGUUGCAUAUAACGUACAGCAAAAAUGUAGUCAGGAGAAGGUCGCAGUACAACAGAAAGCACCUUCCAGUGUACAAAAUAAUCAUAGCUCAUCAUUGACAAAGCAAAAGAACACAACACAGAAAAAGACAAGAGCUACCCCAUCGAGAGAUCGGCGGAAAAAGAAGCCUAUAGUCAUAAGUUGUCAAGAAAAUGACCAGAAAAAGCAGGAACAGUUGUCAUAUGAGUAUAGUAAGUUACAUGACAUUUGGAUAGCAUCUAAGUUUCAAAGAUUUGGUCAGUUUGGUCCACACGACUUUCCCAUUCUCUUGGGAAAAAUUCCUCCCCUAACCAAAGUAUGGAAACCACUGACUCAAACGAGUUCAGCAUUAGAACACAAAAAAUUAUUUCCUCCACUCACUCAGAUAAAAUUUGAGCGCUAUUAUCCCGAAUUAGCACAGGAAAGAAACAUGAAGGUUGAACCGUUGGAUUCUCUCCCAUUAUGCCAGUUAAAAACAGAAUCCAAUGGACAGGCGUUUACAGAAAAAGUUGAUAAUUCUCAGGUACAGCCAACAGUGAAUGUCAAUCAGAAAGCUCAUCCUUUACUCCAGCUCUCCCCUCCAACUAACCAGUGUGCUAAUGUCAUGGCCAGUGAUGACCAAACACAGUUCCCACGGGAUGUUAAAGACCAACUCAUGCAUCAGAAACUGCCACCAUUGCCUGGUAUCUCUCAUGAAACCCCCUUACCAGACCCAGCACAAAUUCUCAGGAAUGUCGAUGUAGUAUGUUCAGGUGGGAUUACAGUGGUUUCUACCAAGAGUGAAGAGGACAUCUGUUCAUCUACUGUUGGAGCUUCGGAAUUUUCCCCAGUAGACAGUGCACAGAAAAGUUUUAAUGAUUAUGCCAUGAACUUCUUUACCAAUCCUACAAAAAACCUGGUGUCCACAACAAAAGAUUCUGAAUUGCCAACCUGCAACUGUCUUGAUCGAGUUAUACAAAAAGACAAAGGCCCAUAUUAUACACACCUUGGGGCAGGACCAAGUGUUGCUGCUGUCAGGGAAAUCAUGGAGAAUAGGUAUGGUCAAAAAGGAAACGCAGUAAGGAUAGAAAUUGUAGUGUAUACGGGAAAAGAAGGAAAAAGCUCUCACGGGUGUCCAAUUGCUAAGUGGGUUUUAAGAAGAGGCAGCGAUGAAGAGAAAGUUCUUUGUUUGGUUCGGCAGCGGACAGGCCAUCACUGUCCAACAGCUGUGAUGGUGGUGCUUAUCAUGGUAUGGGACGGCAUUCCUCUCCCCAUGGCUGACAGAUUGUACACGGAGCUUACUGAAAACCUAAAGUCAUACAAUGGUCAUCCCACAGACCGAAGAUGCACGCUCAAUGAAAAUCGUACCUGUACAUGUCAAGGAAUUGAUCCAGAGACUUGUGGAGCUUCGUUCUCUUUUGGCUGUUCAUGGAGUAUGUAUUUCAAUGGAUGUAAAUUUGGUAGAAGCCCAAGCCCUAGAAGAUUUAGAAUUGAUCCAAGCUCUCCCUUACAUGAAAAAAACCUUGAAGAUAAUUUACAGAGUUUGGCUACACGAUUAGCUCCCAUUUAUAAGCAGUAUGCUCCAGUUGCUUACCAAAACCAGGUAGAAUAUGAACAUGUUGCCCGAGAAUGUCGGCUUGGCAGCAAAGAAGGUCGUCCGUUCUCUGGGGUCACUGCUUGCCUAGACUUCUGUGCCCAUCCUCACAGGGACAUUCACAACAUGAAUAAUGGAAGCACUGUGGUUUGUACUUUAACAAGAGAAGAUAACCGCUCCUUGGGGGUUAUCCCUCAAGAUGAGCAGCUGCAUGUGCUACCGCUCUACAAACUCUCAGAUACAGAUGAGUUUGGCUCUAGUGAAGGAAUGGAAGCCAAGAUCCAAUCUGGGGCCAUUGAGGUGCUCGCACCCCGCCGUAAAAAAAGAACGCGUUUUACUCAGCCAGUUCCUCGUUCCGGGAAGAAGAGGGCCGCAAUGAUGACAGAAGUUCUCGCACAUAAGAUAAGAGCGGUGGAGAAGAAAUUCAUUCCUCGGAUCAAGCGCAAGAAUAACUCGACAACAAACAAUAGCAAGGCUUCCUCGCUGCCGCUUUUAGGGAAUAAAACUGAAGCCUUGCAACUUGAAAUAAAAAGUGAAACUGAACCCCAUUUUAUCUUCAAAGGUUCGGACAACACUAAAACCUACUCACUGACCCCAUCCAUUCCUCACACAUUGAAAGAGGCAAACAUGUCUCCAGGUUUCUCCUGGUCCCCUAAGACUGCGUCGGCCACAACAGCUCCUCUUAAGAACGAUGCGUCAGUUCCGUACGGGUUUUCAGAAAGAAGCAGCAAUCCCCUCUGCACAGUGCCUUCUGCGAGACACAGUGGUGCUAAUGCAGCUGCAGGGGAAUGCACUGGAAUUGCGCAGCCUGGCGACGUGGUUUCUCUUCCCACCUUGUCGACCCCCAUGACAGAUACCCUGGUUUACUCUGAGCCUCCCAUUGGUCCGUCUGAACAGCUACCUUCUAAUCAUCCAAACCAGCAGCCCCCAUUCACCACCUCUCCUCAUGACCUGGCUUCCUCUCUGGUGGAAGAAGAUGAGCAGCAUUCUGAUGCAGAUGAGCCUCUAUCUGAUGACCCCCUCUCAGACGAGCCCCUGUCCCCGGCUGAGGAGAAACUGCUCCACAUCGACGAGUAUUGGUCAGACAGCGAGCACAUCUUCUUGGAUGCCAACAUUGGUGGGGUGGCAAUUGCGCCUGCGCAUGGCUCCGUUUUGAUCGAGUGUGCCCGGCGAGAGCUUCACGCAACCACUCCUGUUGAACACCCCAACCGGAAUCAUCCCACACGCCUCUCCCUUGUUUUCUACCAGCACAAAAACCUGAAUAAGCCCCAACAUGGUUUUGAACUGAACAAGAUUAAGUUUGAGGCUAAAGAAGCUAAGAAUAAGAAAAUUAAGGCCUCAGAGCAGAAAGACCAGGCAGCUAAUGAGGGUCCUGAACUGUCCCCUGAAGUUAAUGAGUUGAACCAAAUUCCUUCUCAUAAAGCGUUAACAUUAACCCAUGACAAUAUUGUCACCGUGUCCCCUUAUGCUCUCACACAUGUUGCAGGACCCUAUAACCAUUGGGUCUGA